UAUGUAUGGAAGGGGCCGUAGUAUUCAUACUGACUGUGGGUGGAAGUUCAGUGUUGUACUCUGUUCGCGCUGUUUAAACCAACAUGGUUGCAAAAGCUGUCUGUGUUCUAAGAGGAACAGGAGACGUGACUGGCACUGUUUUCUUUGAGCAGCAGGAUGAUGGUGCUCCAGUAAAGGUUACAGGACAGAUCACUGGCCUGACCCCUGGCCUGCAUGGCUUUCAUGUCCAUGUCUUUGGAGACAACACAAAUGGAUGCAUCAGUGCCGGCCCUCACUUUAACCCCUACAACAAGACCCAUGGUGGGCCAGAUGAUGAGAUCAGGCAUGUUGGAGACCUGGGUAAUGUGACUGCUGGACUCGAUGGAGUUGCUAAUAUCAGCAUCCAGGAUAAACAGUUGUCACUGUCGGGGCUCAACUCAAUCAUUGGGAGGACCAUGGUGGUUCAUGAGAAAGAGGAUGACUUGGGCAAAGGCGGAGAUGAGGAAAGUCUCAAAACGGGCAAUGCAGGAAGUCGUUUGGCUUGUGGCGUGAUCGGCAUUGCUCAGUGAAGCUUUUGUAAUCUUGCUCCAGCUUAACACUGGAACAACUCAGCUAUAGGUGACCAACGUUAAUGUCCCAACAAAGCGCUUAAGACAAUGAAGAUGUUUAUUUUUACAGAAAUGCAUAGAAAAAUAUAGAAUGGUCAUACGAUCUCUAUGUAAAUCUGUUUUGCAGUCUGCUUGACUAGAUUAAGUGUUUGAAGUGGUGGUUCCUUUCGUGGAUUCCUCAUUCAUCCAAUAAAGAUUUGUUCUGUACCACUAUAAAUGAAA